AAUACCAGAAACGUCAACUGCCUCUUCUUUUCCACUACUCUCUACGACCAGAUCAACUUUCGGCAUUGGGUCUUGUGACGAUCUAAGACGGAUUUGAUUUUACGAUUUGGUGCUGUAUCGACAACCUUGGGUUACGUCCUUCGACACAAGCACUCGCCCACUUUCAACCACAACUUUGUUUACCGACAUUAUCGAAUAUCGACAGGCACGGGAUUCUCCCGGCCGCGUGAAAGACGCCCAAAAUGCCCGGCAUUCUACCCAUGAAAGUUAUCAAGGUGGGCAACAGCUCACAAAGUCGCAUCGCUCAGGCUUGUGACCGCUGCCGCAGCAAAAAGAUCCGCUGCGACGGGAUCAGGCCGUGUUGUUCACAAUGCGCCAAUGUUGGGUUCGAGUGCAAGACGAGCGAUAAGCUCAGCAGGCGCGCUUUCCCCAGGGGCUACACAGAAUCGCUCGAGGAGCGAGUACGUGCGUUGGAGGCGGAAGUCCGGGAACUCAAGGAUUUGCUGGAUGAGAAGGACGAGAAGCUCGAUAUGCUCUCCAAGAUGCACAGCAAUCGCGGCCGGUCUGCCGAAUCACCUCGAAGCACUCCGGCAGCAGAGAUAAAGAAGGAUUCCGGCACACCGGCAAAAGAGGAUACUUUCCGCGUCCAAGCAUCGCCCUUGUUGCUCGGUGUCGAGAAUUCGGACUCCUACUUCAUGGGCGCCUCCAGUGGCCGUUCUUUUAUUGAAACAUUCAAGCGCAAAAUCCAAGAGAACGGCAAGUCAUGCACCGACUUCAAUCCAGAAGCCUUCUUGCACAUUCAGGGAUGUUAUCCUCUUUCGACAAAGGUGUCCCCUCAGAGUAUGAGGAUACCGCCUAGGCUGUUUUCUGAUCGCUGCGUGAAUGUUUACUUUCAAGAAUGGGCGCCAUUGUUUCCGGUUCUCCACAAGCCAGCUUUCCUUCGUGUCUACGAGGAAUUUGUCGCGGAUCCUGAAAAGAUCAAGAACAACCACAAGCUCACACAGCUUUACUUGGUCUUUAGCAUUGCCGGCCUGUCCAGUGAGCAGCCUGACUUUCAGCAGCUGGCCGCUUGCGAGACACAAUGGCACAAGUCUUUGGAGGCUAUCUUGAUGGACAACACCAUGCUUACCCUCCAAUGCCUCAUCCUUGCUUUGAUGUACUGCACCGUCCGAGCCGACUAUAAGCGGCUGCAAUACUACAAGGGCAUUGCUGUGGGACUUUCUCAUCGCCUAGGUUUACAUCAGAGCCAGAAGCGCUUCUCAUUCGGUGCUCUGACCAUCGAGACACGAAAGAAGGUGUUCUGGACUCUGUACACACUUGACUGCUUUUCUGCCGCCAUCCUUGGUCUCCCAAAGCUUCUCAAGGAUGAAGACGUCCACGCCGAGUUCCCAUCAGACACCGACGAUGAAUAUGUUACAGAAAAGGGAUUCCAACCAAGCCUUCCCGGCGAACCCACCAGGAUCUCCAGCGCACUUGCCUUGUUUCGAGGAUCCCGGAUCCUGGGCAAGGUCCUUGAGAAGAUCUACCCGGCUGCCACUUCGUACGAGCUUUCGCUACAGCAGAUGUCAUCGCUCGAGGGAGAACUCACCGAGUGGUUUGAGAACCUACCACAGCACUUGAAGCUCAACUUCAAGCAGGACAAGCCAUCGACCGAUGUGACAGGCAGCAGGUCUCCUCUCCUUGCCCUCGCCUACUAUUAUACUCGAAUCCUUAUCUAUCGGCCGGCUAUUGCAUCUAGCCUGGGCCCAAAGGCUGCUCCUGCACUCAUGUCUGUUGCCGAGUCCAGUAAGAGCAUUGUGCAAAUUGUUCAACUGCUGGAAGAGAGGUCCAUGUCCUUCUCCUUCUGCCUGAACAAGGCAGACAUCUUGAUCGUCUGCGGCAUGGCGUUGCUGUACCAGACAUUGGGACUCAAGCACGACAGCAAAGUGUUGAAGGAUAACGAGAAACUGGUCAACGGCGUUAUCAAGAUUGUUACCAAGGUGAACGCUCCAGGAUCCUACGAUUUCAAGAGGAUCGCUGGAAUGCUGGUUACCGUCGAGGAAUCGCUUCCCCAGUCCUUGCCGACGCCCCCGAGACAGUCUCCGGAGGCGUGUAUGCCCACACCACCGGCGCAGCAAGGAUCUCCUUCACCUUCGGCUGUCGAUCGCGGUGCUCAACCAACCCUUGGUCGUCACUCUAGCGCUAGCUUGAGCGAAACAGAUCUCAUUAUGCAGCGGGACAAGCUACUUGGGAUGGUUAUGACUCCUCAGCACCAACAACAUCAGCAUCAGCAACUUCAACAGCAGCACAGGAACGAGCUUUACCGCGCCCGUUCUCAAACGUCCUUCGAUAGCUUACGUCAAGAUGCACAACAAAUGCGACCUCACCAUCGUCACUCUAUGAGUCAGGCUCAAGUCGCCCAAGCCGCGCUUAUGGGACGUACAUCGACUGGCACACAGUCGAAGCAAAACUUGGAUUAUCUUUCAUUAAGUUCACCUCAGUCACCCGUUUCCCCGGUACAGAUGCGCAGUCAACCUCAGCAACAACAGCAACAACAGCAGCAGCAGCAGCAGCAACAACAACAACAACGCUCUUCCACAGCAUCCUCUCACUCUCAGCAAGGCCAAAUGUUCCCGCAGAAGACAUCAACCGGCAUGUCGACAGCUGAGUGGGAGGCGCUGGUAAGAUCGUUGGAUGGUGGCCCGGUCAGUCUGUAUACUGCGAUUUACGGGGGCCCAGCUUUGGCACCCUUGGAGACGCCUUCGUCUGCUACACCUUCGUCGGCCACGGCAUGGGGGCAAGAUCCAUGGGAUAUGUCAUCGUUUAAUCUAGGUGACUUUGUACCAGGCGCUCCAACAGCACAAAGUGUUCUCAGUUUGAGUGAGGAAAGUAUUUCCUCUUGCGAUGAUCUUCCGUCCGGCGACAUGGGUUUGAAUAACGGGAAUGUGGAUUACCGCAACACGCUAUUGCCCGUGACCUCAGCGGGCACAAACAAUUUUCUUUUGGAUGGACUACAUGGGUAUGGACUUUAACGAUAUUGGAGGACUAUAGGGAUAUUUCUUGGAUUUGAUGGGCGCGGGUUCUCACGAUAUUUUUUGGUUAUGACUGGGUACAGGCCGGGAAAA